AUGUCUGCUGCGAUUCCUAUAGUGCCACUCCUCUCUCCUUCUUUGUCUACCCAUCGCCCAUCACUCCCCACCCACCUCCCAUCGUCGCCAUCCACCUGCCUGUCACUCGAAGAGACGGCUGACAUUCGGCUGCCCCCGCUAGCGGAGGGGCAGCGCUUCUAUGAUACAUACCGGGUGGUGCUGCUGGUCGACAGCCGGGAGAAGGGCCUUCCCUCUCCUCACCUCCGUGUCAUCUUCUCUCCCCUCUUCCACUCCCAUCUUCCCUCCUUUCUUCUCUCCUCUCUCCCUCUCUGCAUGCUCAUCUGGCCCACCGGGCAGUCCAGCUCACAGCAUUUUUCUCUCCUGUCACUUUCCAUCGGUCCCCUCCAGAGGGCAGCACAGCUCACAGCAUUUCUCUCACCCUUUAUCUGCUUCACAGGGCAGCACAACUCACAGCAUUUCUCUCACCCUUUAUCUGCCUCACAGGGCAGCACAGCUCACAGCAUUUCUCUCACCCUUUAUCUGCCUCACAGGGCAGCACAAAUCACAGCAUUUCUCUCACCCGUUAUCUGCCUCACAGGGCAGCACAACUCACAGCAUUUCUCUCACCCUUUAUCUUUCUCACAGGGCAGCACAGCUCACAAAAUUUCUCUCACCCUUUAUCUGCCUCACUGGGCAGCACAGCUCACGGAGUUUCUCACCAGAGUGGAAAAGCUUCCAGCACAGGUACCUUGUCUCGCUGCCUUGCCUCGCUGCCUUGCCUUGCUGCCAUGCCUUGCUGCCUUGCCUCGCUGCCUUGCCUCGCUGCCUUGCCUCACUGCCUUGCCUCGUUGCCUUGCCUUGCUGCCUUGCCUCGCUGCCUUGCUGCGCUGCCUUGCGUUGCUGCCUUGCCUUGCUGCCUUGCCUCGCUGCCUUGCCUCGCUGCCUUGCCUCGCUGCCUUGCCUUGCCUCUGUGCCUCGCCACUGCGCUCUGCUAGUAGGCUUUGCCGCUUUGCUAGUGUUGGUUCAUAA